CGUCUUCACACACCACCCGUCCGGAUCCGGGCACCCGUCCAGUGUUUGUUCGCUGCGCCUGCGCAGUUUGCUAAGAAAAUCUCCACCCCCCCCCUUUUAAAGACGCGGCUCAUCUGGGUGAGCUCCGCUGCCGACCGGCCCCCUUCUUCCCCUGCCUGCAAUCCCAGAGCCAUCUGCAUCUCUCUUCCCAAGCAGCAGCCGCGGCAGCAACAGCGGUGUCGAGGAGAAGAGAUGGGGAUCUGCGCGUCGUCGAAGCGGGUGGAGCAGGAGCGCGAGUGCGACGAGAACGUGGUGUACGUGAUGGACGAGCAGUGCGGCGGCGGGGGAGGAGCAGGAGAGGGCGGGGAGGACGGCCGUGGCGCGCCGCCGGCGGCGUGCCGGAAGGUGGCCUCCCUCUACUCGCAGAAGGGCAAGAAGGGGCCCAACCAGGACGCCGUCAUCCUCUGCCAGGGCUUCGGCAUGGAGGACGGCGUGUUCUGCGGCGUCUUCGACGGGCACGGCCGGUGCGGGCAGUUCGUCAGCAAGCUGGUGCGGGACUACCUCCCCUUCAUGAUCCUCAGCCACCGGAACGCGCUCUUCCUGGGCGACGACGACGACGGCCCGGCCUUCAGCGACGCGUCGCCGUCCUCGUCCACGGACGGCAGCGGGGGCGGCUCGUCGCCGGCGCCCGCGCAGCUGCUGGAGGAGUGGCGCGAGGCCUGCGCCAACGCGUUCGAGGCCAUGGACAAGGAGCUCAAGCUCCAGGCCGACCUGGACUGCAGCUUCAGCGGCACCACCGCCGUGUGCGCCAUCAAGCAGGGGAGGGACCUCAUCGUCGCCAACCUCGGCGACUCCAGGGCGGUGCUCGCCACCAUGUCGGACACGGGAUACCUCAGGGCCGUGCAGCUCACCACCGACCAGAAGCCCAACCUGCCUCAGGAGGCGGAGCGGAUCAAGCGCUGCAACGGGCGCGUGUUCGCGCUCAAGGACGAGCCGUCGGUGCUCCGCGUGUGGCUCCCCGGCGAGGACUGCCCGGGCCUCGCCAUGGCGCGGUCGCUGGGGGACUUCCGGCUGAAGCGGCACGGCGUGGUGUCGGAGCCGCAGGUGGCGCACCGCCGCGUCGAGCGCGGGGACCUGUUCAUCAUCCUGGCCACGGACGGCGUGUGGGACGUGCUGAGCAACGAGGAGGUGGUGUCCAUCGUGUGCGCCACGCCGCGGAAGCAGCACGCGUCCAAGGCCGUGGCCGAGGCCGCGGCGCAGCGGUGGCGGACCAGGUACCCGUCGUCCCGCGUCGACGACUGCUCCGCCGUAUGCCUCUUCCUGCGGGACCAGGACUGGGGUAGCAGCGUCGCCGCCGCCAAGGCGAAGGCGGCCGCCGCCGCCGCGAGGGCGCCGCACGGGCACUGCUAAGCCGGGGCGUCGAGCGAACGAGGCUCCGUCCGGCGAGAAGCUGCCGGUCCAGCUCACCGUGCCCGCGCCGGCGCUCUUGCUCUACCGUUCGGGAGGUGCCAGUGCCGCGAUGGCAAGUGCUCUGCCGCGAGUGUAACUAAGUGCUGUAACAUAGUGGUAAUUAAGCUCUUGAUGUUUUUUUUUUUGCAAAAAUGCAAAGGAGAUGAGGAGGGCAACGGGCGGGUAAUUCUCAGUUUUGACUCUUGAUCGGUGAUCAGCUGACCACGGUGACGGGGGAAAGAAAGGAGUGGGUGGCGGAAACGCCGUUUGUACUUGUAGCAUAUGUAAUGUUAUCAAUUGGAGUGCUUUUUUGAUGCCGUCGGAGAAA